AUGGCGCCACAGCUCGAUUCCUUCUACAAGCAGGUAGAUUCGCUUGCCGGCCCAUUCGUCGAGCGUCUGCGUGAGGCAGUCGCCAUUCCAUCCAUCUCAGCAGAGGAUGAGCGCCGCGAAGAUGUGAUCAAGAUGGGCCACUGGCUCAAGGCACAGUUGGAGGGUCUGGGAGCACACAUGGAGGCACGCGAGCUUGGACCACAGCCCGGCAAAGAGUACCUGACACUACCACCCGCUGUCAUUGGCCGCUACCCAGCGCAAAAGGACACAAGCAAGCGCACGAUUCUCGUCUACGGACACUACGAUGUGCAGCCAGCCAACUUGUCUGAUGGUUGGGCCACUGAGCCCUUCAAGCUGACCGAAGAUGACAAGGGCCGUAUGUAUGGUAGAGGCAGCACCGACGACAAGGGUCCUGUGCUCGGAUGGUUGAAUGUCAUCGAGGCGCACCAGAAGGCUGGCGUCGACUUCCCAGUCAACCUGCUCAUGUGCUUMGAGGGAAUGGAGGAGUACGGUAGCGAGGGUUUGGACGACUUUAUCAUCGCAGAGUGCAAGAAGGGCAAGUUCUUCGAGGAUGCCGAUGCGGUUUGCAUCAGCGACAACUACUGGCUGGGUACUGAGAAGCCAUGCCUCACAUACGGUCUCCGUGGCUGCAGCUACUAUUCUAUUGAGAUCAGCGGUCCUGGCCAGGACUUGCACUCGGGUGUCUUUGGUGGCACCGCUCAGGAGCCAAUGACCGACCUUGUUCGCGUCAUGGGCAGCUUGGUCGACACCGAUGGCACCAUUCAGAUCAAGGGAAUCAAAGAGUUGGUUGCCCCGCUGACCAAGGAGGAGGAGAGCCUGUACAAGGACAUUGCGUUCACAAUGGACAACAUUCACGAGUCGCUUGGUAGCAAGACUACCAUCUUCCCUGAUAAGGAGCGGACGCUCAUGGGCCGGUGGCGAUACCCUUCCCUGUCGCUCCACGGCGUUGAGGGUGCCUUCUCUGCCCCAGGUGCAAAGACCGUCAUCCCCGCCAAGGUCAUUGGCAAGUUCAGCAUUCGCACAGUCCCCGAUAUGGAGCCAGCCGAUGUCGACAAGCUGGUAUACGCCCACUGCGAUGAGGCAUUCAAGAAGCUCGGCUCAAAGAACACCAUGAAGACCACCCUGCAGCACGCCGGAAAGUGGUGGGUCGCUUCACCAAACCACUGGAACUUCACUGCCGCCGCGAAGGCUGUUGAGAGUGUUUGGAAGGUCAAGCCCGAUCUUACUCGCGAGGGCGGCAGCAUUCCCGUCACAUUGACCUUUGAACAGGCAACUGGCAAGAACGUGCUACYCCUACCUAUGGGUAGCUCAACUGAUGCCGCUCACUCCAUCAAUGAGAAACUUGACCGCCGCAACUACAUUGAGGGUAUCAAACUUCUGGGCGCGUACUUGCACUACGUCGCCGAGGAGCCGAUGGUCAAAUGA